CUUCUCGGCUCAAUCUUCAUGUUCAGUAUUGUAUCUUGUGUCCCUGAAUGUUUUCUUCCGCCCGUGCUCGUGUGGUCCUGAUCAUCCUGAUUCUAUGUUUUAGUGCCAGUGCAUGGCUGGGCAUUUACACGAAUCCACAUGGUCAGACCCGAUCCGCGAAAUACUUCGCCGCCCCGGCCGGCAACGCCACAGCCACAGUUGGUGGUAGACCAAUCCCGAGUUUUGGCAACGCAACAAAACCGACAGACCUCGCUGCCGCAGAGCCAUUAAUACCAUCGACCUGCGGAUGGAAGGCCCCUUAUGCCUGCGGCUGCGCGGAUGACGACAAUGACAUUGCGACCAUGCGCCGAAUACUUUGGAAUCAAACAACUUUGGAGUUGCUGAACGCUGGGCUUAGCCAGCCAAAGUACGAAAAACAUAGCAACUACACGUUCCUACAAGUGCAUGAGGCGGGCUUUGAAGAGCUUCGCCGUAGGUUUGCUGUUUUUUUUGAAAAUCAAGCGGCAUCCAAUAUUUUGUGUGAACACGUUGUCAUCAAGGUGAGUAUUUUUCCCAAAACGCAACUUUCGCGGCGCAGAAUUCAUGAUGUGGAAACUAAGAUAGUUGACACUUACACAGGCCCCAGAGGCUGCGGAAUCUACGUCUUGAGCGAUUGGCAGAUUGCAGCUAUGAAGAGAACAAAUGUAAAUGGUUGGAAUACCGUGGCAUUUCCCACCGAUGAUUUCGUUUCAAACCUGACAAAGAUUGGGAACGAGUCGGAAGCAAACGGGCUCUCCAACGAGCUUCAACGCUUCUUCAAUAUUAUCAAGAUCACCGUGGGUUUCCUUGUCCCUUCGAGCGUCAACAAAGUCACCUUUGGUGAUUGGAAGUGCAACGUGGUGGGUUUCCACCAAGACUCUGAACGGUCCAACAGGAGCAACAUCAGUGACUUUGAGGUGGUUAGGCAUCGUAAAAAUUUCAACAAGAGUCUUGAGUCUGAGUGGAUUGAUAAUCAUGGACGUGUGUUUUCAAGACACGAGUGGGCAGCCCUCCGAGACAUUGAGAGGCUGAAGUUAUUUUUAGGCCCUAACGUGAUAAAGCUCACUGUAAACAUGUCUGACAUUAUGUGUACAACAUGGCAUCUAGGACGGAAAAGACAAGCUCUGGCACGCUUUGCCUUGAGAUGGUUUUGGUAUACUGCUGCUUUUACAAUGAGGCCCCAACUGACUUACAACUUGGCUUUGUUUGAUUGUGGAGAAAGCUUGGCUGUGAAUUACCCGAAACAAACCUGGUAUUGUGGCUUCUGAAGAACAUCAUCUCUGCCGACACGGAGCUCCACGGCGGGUUCCAACUGCCGUGAAAUGACACAUGAUAAUUUGUUUUCUAGGUGCCUUCCAGCUGCCAUUUGAGCUGCUUUCAAAGAUUCAAUUCAAAGCAGGUAAGCACGUGGUCAAAAGCUGAGGCUUCAUGUGGGUCCUUUGGUCUUGGUUUGCUGGCGAACCUUCUGCUCAUGUUCAAUAGGAGCCAAUGGAAAAAGCCCAGAGAUGGGAUGAGAUUGGAUUGAUUGUAGAUGGGUCCGUAGGUGACAAACCAUGUCGAAUCUGAAUGGCCCUGGCAACCAGGUGGACCCGGGAAUUUGGCGCUUUGCGAAGG